AGCACGUAGAGCCAAAAAAGAUCAGCGCCAGUGACAAAACAACUGUUACAGUCAGUGAAUUUUCAUAGAUAUCAGUAAGGCGAUUUCGCGUCCUUGUCGGUGUCUAGUUAUUGUUUAUUUAAAAAAUUUUCGCAGCGGCAUAUGCUUUCCUAUGCAAUCAAUCUGUGUUGACACUAUUUCACGUGAUAUGUUUUAAUGUGCGUUAGCAUAACCCCGAUUCAGUUUUCUGUUCAUUCCGUAUUAAGACCCGUGUCGUGAUACGUAUUAUAAAAGUUAUCUCAAAGUUUGAAUAAUCGCGAUCUUAAAAUAUCUCAAAUCGUGCUUUCCGGUUGAUCAGCAGCCAAAAGAUUCAACGCCUCGAUUUUUUUUGCGAGGUGUUGGUAUGCGCUUCGUUCGCAACAGGGUGCGGUGCUCUGUGGUAAUUUAUCGCUAGAAAAUCGGGAUAGUGACGGGAGCUUCAGUGAUAUAGUGCGUAGUUUUAUAGUGAUAGCCAUGCCAAAGUUGAUGCCUUAUCAGGACGAGGCGGAGAUCAGAUAUAGACAAACGAGGUUGAUGUCUAUUAGAAUAGGGGAAAGAGCAAACUACGUUAACAGUCCUCAUGUCAUCGCCAUGGUUGGUCUGCCCGCAAGGGGUAAAACGUACAUCUCCAAAAAGCUGUCUAGGUACCUCAACUGGAUUGGAAUCAAUACGCGAGUGUUCAACUUGGGCGAGUACCGUCGCCACGCGACUUCCGCCUACAGAAGCCACGAGUUCUUCCGGGCUGACAACGCGGCCGCUAUGGCGAUUCGCCGGCAAUGCGCCCUCGAAGCGCUGCGUGAUGCCUGCAGGUGGUUGAGCGAUGGCGGAGGCGAAGUGGCGGUGUUCGACGCCACGAAUUCCACCUUGGAGCGCAGGGAGCUCAUCAGGCAGGAAGUGGUUGAUAAGAUGGGGUUCAAGUUGUUCUUCGUUGAAUCGAUUUGUGACGAUCCCACCAUCAUAGAACAGAACAUAAUGGAGGUAAAGAUUAGCAGUCCCGAUUACGUGAACAUAGACAAAGACUCGGUUCUCACUGACUUUUUACAAAGAAUCCAACACUAUCAAGAAAGGUACGAACCGCUCAAUGAGGAGAAUGAGAAGGAGGUCUCGUUCAUGAAGAUUUAUAAUACUGGAGAGAAAGUGGUAGUCCAUAAACAUGAAGGGCACGUGCAAGCCAGGAUAGUUUAUUAUCUUAUGAACAUUCAUAUCACCCCGAGGACGAUAUAUUUGACAAGGCACGGCGAGAGUGAACAAAAUCUAGAAGGCCGAAUCGGUGGCGAUUCCAAUUUGAGCCCCAGGGGAAAACAAUACGCCAAAGCUUUAGCAAAUUACAUCCAAGAACAAAAAAUCGAAGGGCUCCGAGUGUGGACCUCCUGGUUAAAGAGGACCGUACAGACCGUUGCUGACUUACAUGUCCCUCAAGAAAGAUGGAAGGCCUUGAACGAAAUCGAUGCUGGCGUCUGUGAAGAAAUGACUUACGAGGAGAUCAAGGAGAAACACUGCGACGAAUUUGUGGCUCGUGAUAUGAACAAAUUCGCGUACAGAUAUCCGAGAGGUGAAAGUUACGAGGAUCUGGUAGCUCGUUUGGAACCUGUGAUUAUGGAGUUGGAGAGGCAAGGGAAUGUUUUGGUAGUGUCGCAUCAGGCUGUUCUUAGAUGUUUGUUGGCAUAUUUUCUAGACAAAUCAGCAGAUGAAUUGCCGUAUUUGAAGGUACCACUGCAUUCAAUCAUCAAACUGACGCCUGUGGCGUACGGUUGUCGCGUGGAACACAUCCCGUUAGGUAUAGAUGCUGUGGACACCCAUAGGGCUAAGCCAAAGGAGCCAGGCCAAAUGAGUUCAACUAACACAUAAAAUGAGUAGAGAUAUUAUUGAUUUAUACUACAAUAGUGCAAUUUGGGUAUAUGGGUGGGUAUGUUUAUGUGCAGUUUUUAUUUUUAUAACUUCAUAAAAAUUAUGCAAUAAUUCUGUAUGUUUAUGUUUUUGGAAUCUUUUCACCAAAGGCAUUUCUUGGUAUGGGUGUUGAACACAAUUAGGAAGUUUCCUAUAGUCGAAAAUGGUGCUAGUUUCACUUGCAUAUUAUAACUGGUAACUUUGAGAUAUGUGAAGCAAUCAUUCCCAUAACUUGAAGUUCAAGGAAGUUAUGACAUUUUCUGCGUUGGGUGCUGUGGCCGACCGCCCUCAAGAGUCGAGGUUCGGUCGUGACGUCACAUUACAUAAGUUCGACAUUGAGGUCACGGCGUCGACCUUUGCAUAUCGCAUUCGUCCUUACCGCUCAAGAUGACCAGUUCUUUGUGUCGUGGCAUCGACUGCUGUGCAAUUUUAUAGACAUACAAUAAUUGAAAUGGGGAGUUUUUUGCGAUUACACUGAUCUUCCAAAGGUGCUUUGGUACGCAUUAAUAUUUAUAAUUAAGGUCACACGUGAUGAUAAUAAUAAUAAUAAUCUUCAUUCUAACGGGAUAUACCCAAUCACAGGAACAAUACAAUUAGAAUUGAUGUGACAAUGAGAUCAGACAUAUAUGUAUGUGGUAUAAAAGUAAAUAAGUAUAAAUAAAGUGAAUACAAAAAAAUAGACAAAAUAUAAUAAAAUCUCAUUGCAAUGCACAUCUCAACGUCCCACCACAGCAUAAUUACGUUAAGAUUGGCCAGAAUUACAUCAAGAGCAUCACAAUUAAUAUCACAGCCCGUGCAAAAUUUAUUAAAAGAAGUGCACAUUGUAUUUAUACAUGGUGGCCGAUAUGUAACUGACUGGUUUGUAUCUUGAAUAUUUUUGAAAUUAAAUAAAAUACGCUCAUUUUUUUCUUCUUAAUCUUUUAUUGAAACUUGGAAAUUAUAAAAAUAAUAUCAGACAAAUGUCCGCAUCUUGUUUACAUUUUCCAUCAUUUUUUGGUAGGCUUCGGGAGGAAUAUUUUCGAUUCCGUAAUAUUGUUCUUCAGCUGCUCUACAGUAUUUGGUUUGUUCGCAUAAACCCUAUUUUUCAAAAAUCCUCAUAAAAAAAGUCAGGAGCCGUUAAAUCCGGUGACCUUGGUGGCCAGUUGAUAUCACCAAAUCGAGAAAUCAAACGUCCCCGAAAUACAGUUCCCAAAAGAUAGUAGUGAGUGAGCUUUCAGGGUAGUAUCUAUAAACUUUAAAGUACAGGGUGCGGCAGAGAGGAUGGACGAUUUUAAAAAUAUCAUAAAAUAGUUAAUUUUUACUCGAAAACAAAUUUAUUGAUGGAAUCAGGUUCGCAAGGAAAUAGCAUUUGAGACAGUCAAGUGUGGAAAAUCACAUCAGGCAUGUGGUGGCCGAAAUCGUUGAUGCAGUGCUGGAUGCGUUCUUGGAAGUUCGCGUAGACUCUCUCCAACAUCGCUCUCAACUUGGGCGACUUCCACGCGAAUUUCGCCCUUCAAUUCGUCCCGAGUUCGGGGCUUGUUCGCGUAUACUCUAGCCUUGAGGUGUCCCCAUAAGAAAAAAUCGCAUAUGGAUAAAUCUGGGGACCGAGGAGGCCAAUGAACAUCGCCAAACCUGGAAAUAAGGCGACCAGGGAAGAGAGGGCGAAUAACGUCCAUGGAUGCUCGGGCUGUGUGGGCGGUCGCCCCAACCUGCUGGAACCACACACGUCGGAUUGGAACACGUCGCCGUCGUAAUUCAGGGAGAAAGAAGUUGGUGAUCAUGUCGACGUAGCGCUCUGAGUUCACGGUAACUUUACGACUAUUACUGUCUUGGAACAAGUAAGGGCCAAUGAUCCAAGUUUGCGAUACAGCGCACCAAACCGAUACUUUUGGGCAGCGGUCUUUCGUGUAACUGUUGCGGAUUUUUAUUAGCCCAAUAACAAUUCUGCUGGUUAAUCAUGUGGUUUAGGUGAAAGUCGGCUUCGUCACUCAUAGGCGAAAACGCGGUGCUCCACCGUCCCAGGCUCCAUACCGACAACUGGUAAAAUAAUGCUAGGAUCUCACGAGUCAAACGGCACUCUCGCCACCUCUCUCGUAGACGCAGGCGCAGAGUUCUACCCAUCCCAAAAACGUCCGUCCUCUCUGCCGCACCCUGUACAUAUAUUUUAAGCUCUCAUGUCGUGAUCGCGAUUGUACAAAUUUUUUGCACUUUCGACCAGAUUUGUUUGUUCCUGAACUACGUCUAUCCAUCUCCACGUCAACACAGACGGGGUUCAAGGAGUAUUCCCCUCCAGCGACAGCCUGAUCACUAUACCAAUAUUCACAUUAUCUCGAAACAAAAGCGAUAAUGAAAUUUAUUCUCGUUUUCGUUUACACCAGUUAGGUUCUCCAUCAUAAUAUGCAUAUAAUAAUAAUUUAUUCAUCCUGUGGAUCACAAGGUGGUAUAGGAUAAGUCACAUUGGAAUAUUUGUAUGAAAAGAAUUGCUUUCAUACAUAAAUAAUAUUCCAAUGUCAAAUAACAAACACGAGGUGUAUGAAUAUGAAAAUAAAUUAAAAUGACAAUAAAGUGAUAAUUUGAAAUCAAACGAUACAUUAAAACAAUUAAAAAGAUACAUUAAAAAUUUGCCUGAUUUUUUUUAAAUAGUGUCAGCAGUAUUGAAUUUAGAUCAAUGGAGAGUCUGUUGAGGAGUUUGCCAUAUAUUUGGGACUCUCCUCCAUUCUCGACAACCUGUGUGACGGCACCUCCAACACUUCUCUGUUCCUUGUACUGUAAAUUCCAGAAUUUAUAGAACUAAAAUUGUCCAUGUGUGUUGUGACGUAAACCAAUAUAUUUGAUACGUACUCUACGUGUAAUAUCUUCAAAGUUGUGAAUAAUUGCCUGCAACUAAAGCGCCUCUCCGCCUUUGUAAUAGUUCUAAUCUCUUUUUGUUUUAUGAAAAGACUUUGUAACUUGCUUCUAUCCCUUAAGCCCGAGUAGAAUGGAUAUGUGCAUAGUAAAACAUCAACAAUAUCCACUUAUCAACGAUAACACACUAAUAAUAAUUAUUAUCAUUCAUACCAUAUUAACUAAAAACCUAAAUACUUACAUCAAAAUGAGAUUCACAGCAGUACAAUGAUGAUAUUUCCGUAAGAGGGAAUUCAAAUUCUUCUACGUUUUGGCACAAGGCAAAAAGUUUUCCUUUAACGGAUAUUUAUUUAUACAACCUAGGUACAAACAGUAUUUAGUCAAAAGUUUGACCCUUUUUUAUCGUAAAUACAGAAUAGACCAACGUUUAUAAAUAGCGCGAGAAAUGCGCGGCGGUCGCAUCGCCUUGUGGUGGCGAUGGUAGCUGGUGUAAUGUGACGUCAUCACUCAGUCACACGCCCCAGCAAGAUCAUUCUCCAAAUAAGAAACUUCUGGGUAGCAUAAAUUUGUCAUUUUUUAAGAGAUUAAUAAAAAUUCGGUGCUGUACUUCUCUUUGCGUAGUAAAGUAUUUCAAAGAAUAGGAAACUUCCUCAUUUUGGUGAACUGCUUUAUGGGAUGUGAACUUGUAGCAAUAUGGAUGGAAUAUUUUUUUCAUUAUCGAUAGACUUUAUGAAAACGUCGGGUUUCGCGGAUUUGAUUCGGGGCACUGGGAUUAGACUCACUUUUUCCGCUAGUAUAGACCGUCAUUUUUUUAUUAUUAAUACGUGUCAUUUUUCAUAAACACAUAGCUGCAUAUUUGCUAUUUAUUCAUAACAUCGUGCGUAUUUUUGUCUUAUUCUUUUGACAAAAGGUAGCAAAUUCUCAUCAUAUUCUAAAUUCUGACUAGUUAUAUAGGGUUUUACUUAAUGAUAGGCCGUAAUUACAAGGGUGCCUUCCUAAACAUAAUUUAAAUAGAAAAGUUGAUAUGAAUAUGUAUCCGGUUUUCAAAAUAUUUCAACAAAAUGGACUUUUAUAGAUACCUCAAAGAUCCUCGUGUCGAUUAUGUUGAAUUUUGGCAGUACUGUUCACUGCAAUAAGACGUAAACUUCGCACUAGCUAAAAGAUAAUUAUGGAUUUCAGUGACGUCUUGGGGGCAGUCUCACGAAUGAUUUUGACAAAAAAUGUACACCCGCGAUUUUUUUUAAAUACAUAUUUUUCUCGGAUUAAGCAGCUACAACUGUUUUGUCUCUAAUUAGUCCCCAUUCAUAUCUUACUUUGUUUGCCAUGUAAAAAUAAAAACAACUUCAUUACAUGUCAAAAUGUAUAAAUAAGAUCAAAUCAACUUUGAUCGUUGGCAAGAAAUGUUGUUCUGGAAUUAUGCACAUAUUUUAGAUUUUCCGUGACAGUUUGCUAUUUAUUUUCUAAUCUUUGACAUUUUUUUGGACACAUGUUUAAAUGAACUUUUCUACUUGAAUUCGUUUCGGCAAUACAGCUUUGCAAUAGGAAAUAUGCAUAUGAUUCAAAUAUCGGUUAUUUAUUUUCAUUUGUAGUCUAUGAUGCUACAGAAAGCCACAUUUAACCUUUUUUAUACUUAUUCGCUAUAAAAUUACGCGUAUUGAUGAAUACAAAAAAAAAUAGACAAAUUUUAAAUAUUCAAACGCUAAGUUAUUAGCGUGACGUCACAAUAGGGAGUUAUUGAAGGUCCUAUAUAGCCAGGCGCUAAUAAUUCCUGACCGUAUUUGACAUCUGAGCAGGUGCAGAAGAACAAAAUUAAGACUUGGAAUUAAUAAAGUUAGUGCCUGCCGCUAUUACAGGACGCUUAAAAUCCUGGCACAGCUACCUAAUCUAGGCCAGUGAGCAGCAAAUCUUUUGUCGCUAUCGGUCGGAUCAGUUCCAAAGAGUACUGGCUGACGGGGAAUCCGCCUCUGAACUAAGUCAUUAAGUUACGCCCCUUUUUCAACUUAGAUGUCAACACUGUUUGACAGCGGGGGUGCUGCCAUCAGCAGGAGAAUUUUGCCGUCAGGACUACUUCGGAAAAACAACAAAAUAAAAAUAGAACCUCUUAAAUGACAGCUAAUUAACCAAUCAAAGAAUAAAAUGACAAAUCAGGAGUCACUGCGAACCGCGCGAAAAUGCGGCGUCUAAAUCAUCGUGAUUAGCAUUGCAUUUUUAAAUGUCUAUUUUAAAAAGAAACAGAUAUCUCCAUGAACGAAAUAUGUGUUUACGGUACUACAUUAACGUAAAUAAUCGACAGAAAAUACAACAAAAAAGAACAUGCAUAUUACCUAUUACGGACUAUCAUUAGCAUUCUGUAUAAAAAAACUGAUGCACCCGUUUUCCUCUCUCGAAUUUGAUUCAAAUUUUUAUCGCUAUAUGGGCACGACUAAUGCAUGCUUUUGAUUGUAUGAGCUUUGUAUUUUCGUGAAUUGUAUAUGUUUUUUUUUUUUUGUAAUAAUCCUUGUAAUAUCUACCUCUAAGCAAUUAUCUUGUAAAUGGGCUGUAGGUAAUAAAUAAUAUCAACA